AUCGCCAGUCCAGCUCCGACCGCCGCGCGGGUCGGACGUAUGCGCGGAUGGGAGAGUUACAAUACCCCGGCGCACCAAGCGUCGACGAUGAGCGCCAGUACCGGGCGCCCUUCCGCAGGGCUCCGCAAUACAGGUGGGGCGCGCCGCAGCCGCCGCAGCCCUCGGCCUUCGCCCCCUGGAGGCGCGCGCCCGCUCCGCCUCGGCCUCCGGAUUACAGGCGCAGUGUCUCCUACCCUGGGAAGCCUGAAGAACCAUAUCAGGAUCGAGGCGGUUUAGACAACAUGCGAUCAUUAGAACACUACCUGACAGACAUCAUGCGAGCAGACACAUCAGACCAUAUGAAAGGCAAGUCGCCCUUCUUCCCCGGCGUGGAGGAAGCGGGGGUCGCGAGCGCGGCCGGCGCCGGCUCACCGUCGGGCCCCGCGGACCAGACACAGGACGUCGUGUCCAGGCUCAGUGCGGCUGGACUAUCGAUGUGCGUGAGCGCCCUGGGUUCCCCGGCGAGGUCGUCGCCCGUGUCGGCCGGCUCGGAACACGGCGAGCGAUUCAGUCGGAAAGUCUUCGUUGGCGGACUACCCCCGGACAUUGAUGAAGAUGAAAUCACAUCCUCGUUCAGGCGGUUCGGCCCGCUGGUGGUGGACUGGCCGCACAAGGCUGAGAGCAAGAGUUAUUUUCCGCCCAAGGGAUACGCCUUCCUGCUAUUCCAAGAUGAAAGUUCAGUAGCAGCCUUGAUGGAGGCUUGCAUCACAGACGACGACAAACUCUACCUUUGCGUGUCCUCGCCCACCAUCCGCGACAAGCCGGUUCAGAUCAGGCCCUGGAGGCUAGCUGAUGCUGACUUUGUGCUGGACGCCAGCAUGCCUCUGGACCCCAGGAAGACGGUCUUCGUUGGAGGAGUUCCACGCCCUUUGAAAGCUGUGGAGCUGGCGAUGAUCAUGGACCGGCUGUACGGUGGAGUCUGUUACGCCGGCAUCGACACAGACCCUGAGCUCAAGUACCCUAAGGGCGCUGGUCGCGUUGCGUUUUCCAACCAGCAGUCGUACAUCGCGGCCAUCUCCGCGCGCUUCGUGCAGUUGCAACACGGUGACAUUGACAAGAGAGUCGAGGUGAAACCGUACGUGCUCGACGAUCAGAUGUGUGACGAGUGCGCCGGCGCACGCUGCGGAUCCAAGUUCGCGCCCUUCUUCUGCGCCAACGUCACUUGCUUGCAGUACUACUGCGAACACUGCUGGGCGACGAUCCACUCUCGUCCGGGCCGCGAGUUCCACAAGCCUCUCGUCAAGGAGGGAGCCGACCGCCCCCGGGCAGUGCCCUUCCGCUGGUGUUAGAGGGGCAAACUGGGGGAAGACUGGGGGACGACCGGGGAGCACGGGGCAAUAGGGACUAAUAGUGUGUGAUUUGGGGAGCAUAGCAGACUAGCCCUUCUGCUGGUGUUAGAUGGGGAACACAGGUGGGAAAUUUAGGAUACAACGGGGAAAAGUGGGGAGUGAGGACUGUAGGCAUAACUGGUUAGGUUCCUGCGGCAAUAGAGUGGUACGAGAGGGGUGUGAUGACGUCACGUGAGAGCUCAGUGGUUCGUCAACUUGUGACGUCACCCUCCCGCACCGCUCCACUACCGCAGGAGCCUACUCAGUUACGCGCUAUACCUGAGAUUUGGGAAUAAGGGAGACAAGCCCUUCCGUUGGCGGUAGAGGGGGAAACUGGGGGCAAUCGGGGGAAAGAAAGGAUAAGUAGUUCAUUAUUUGGGGAUUUAAUGGGACAAGUUAUUUUGAGGGGGAAUUUUUAACUGAGUAAGAGGUAGGGGAAUGAAAAAUUGGAUGAUGAGUUUUGCUGGUAUGCUCGGGGGAUGGGAGAUAAUGGGGCUUGGGGGAAAAACAAAUCGGCUCAGAAUGUCUUAUUUGGAACCAAGUUUUGUUUUUUCUAGCGUGGGGAUAAAAAGUUUUGGGGGGUAAAUUGCAUUUGGGAUUUGGGGGAAGUAUUGGUAGGAGAAAGAGAAUUUAAAGGAGCAGGGCGUUUGUCGAUAGUAGUUUCUUCUAAAUCAACAAAUCACACACUACUAAACACCCUCUGUGUUAGCAGAGUAGAGUAUUUUUACCAAAUUGGUAGCGAUUACUCUACUCUGGCAACACAGUUAGCCCUCAGUGUUGCCAGAAUAAAGUUCGUCUACCAAAUUGGUAACAUUGAACUUUGUUCUCGUGACACUGGUUACUUCGGUAGAGUAACUCGGAGAAUAUGUAGUAGAAAAAAAAAACUUAAUAGUUGCGGUCCUUGACCUUAGAUAUUUACAAGAUUUUUUCACUUAAGGUGCGUUGUUGUUUGCAAUA